AUGCCAUCGAAAACGUCAAAGUCAUCGCAGCCGCAACUGCAAGCUGCGCAGUAUCAUGUAGACCUAUACCCUCCUCAUUCGUCCCUCCUCAUUCGUCCCUCCAAACUUCGCCGUCGCCAGCGCUUCUUCCGCGGUCUCAAUACAUUCAUCCGCCGCAACCACCGCAACCCAGUACCCGCCUAA